AUGGUGCAUUCAGCUUCUUCUCAUCUGCCUCAGCAGUUGAAGUUCACAACUUCGGAUUCCUGCGACCGGAUUAAAGAUGAAUUCCAGUUGCUCCAGGCGCAGUAUCACAGCCUGAAGUUGGAAUGCGACAAACUGGCCAGCGAAAAAUCGGAGAUGCAGCGCCAUUACGUGAUGUAUUACGAGAUGUCCUAUGGCCUCAACAUCGAAAUGCAUAAACAGGCUGAAAUUGUCAAGCGGUUGAAUGGCAUUUGCGCCCAGGUGUUGCCAUAUCUGUCGCAAGAGCACCAACAGCAGGUCCUGGGAGCCAUUGAGCGUGCCAAACAAGUGACUGCCCCCGAACUCAAUUCCAUCAUUCGGCAGCAACUCCAGGCCCACCAGCUGUCUCAGCUGCAGGCGCUGGCCUUGCCCCUCACCCCGCUCUCCGUGGGCCUGCAGGCCCCUUCCCUGCCCGCCGUGAGCGCCAGCACCGGCCUGCUCUCCCUCUCGGCCCUGGGCUCCCAGGCCCACCUCUGCAAGGAAGACAAGAACGGACACGACGGAGACACCCACCAAGACGACGACGGGGACAAAUCCGACUAG